UCCCAAAUCCGCCGCCACCACCGUAUCUCGUCGCAUCCUUGGCCCCAUCGCCACCUCCUCUCGAUCUCGUUGCCGCCGCACACAUCGACCUCAAAGUCCCCAAGGCUCGUCCUCCACACCAGUUCUCCUCCCCUUGAGAACACUCUCCUUCCUCCCCAAACGGCGCCUCAGCGACCAUCUCCACAUUUUCCCCAAACUCUGCUGGGAAGGUUGAGAAGACAAUGAAUUGAUCCAACAACUCUGUGCUUUGGUGGACGGGAUCCUUGUGCUGGUCUACUUCUUCAAUUAUCGGUAUGAUUUCUUUGUUUGCAUGAAACCAAAUUUAACUAUUAUGUAUCUUCUUGUGCUUGACCUUUUAAUUUGUUGAUUCAUGCUUCACUAAUGGCUUGUGAUAUGAUGUGUGGUUGCCCUAAUUGAAAACUAUAAUCCCUUCUAAAUAAAAAUAAGUUUCAUGUUUGCGUCCUUAGAUAUGAAUUAGUUUUGUGAUGUUUUUAUUUUGUAAAGGUGCAACAUGGAUAAACAAUGGAUGGAUCUACCUAGAUACACCACAAACUCUCAGUUGGAAUCAUUAGUUAAUAGUUUGUGUUAGUAUUGUCUCUAAAAUUAUAGUAACUAAUUGCAUGUAGGCAUACAGAUGGAUAUGUGGAAGGAGUAACCAGGUUUCUAGAAUUUGCUUUUGCUAAUUCAUCAAAGGGGAACUCAAUAUUAUGCCCUUGCAAAAACUGUGGUAAUAGUUAUUGGACAGAACGUACUACUGUUCGGGAGCACUUGAUUUGUGAUGGUUUCAUGCAAUUGUACAGAACAUGGUUGUUUCAUGGAAAAGAAAGUACUUUUAUGCAUGACGAUGGGGAUCACAGGGUAGAACUAGAGAAGUCAAAUGAAGAGGAUGAUAUUUCUGGUUUUCUUCAAGAUCUAGCAUGUGGGUUGGAUGAGAUGGGAGAUUUAGAAGAGAACAAUGAGGGGCAGCGUAAUGUUGAUAUUGGGGAUUUUUACAAGUUGGUAGAUGAUGCUGGGCAGGAGCUAUGUCCAGGGUGUAAAGACUUCUCAAAGCUUCGCUUCAUUGUUAGAUUACUCCAUAUCAAAUUUCUUGGUGGAUGGAGUGAUAAAAGUUUUGAUUUGCAUCUAGAUCUACUUAAGUAUGCUUUUCCGGCAAGGACAUCACUUCCUAAAAAUUACCAUGAAGCUAAAAAGUUAGUAAAAUGCUUAGGACUUGGAUAUGUUAGUAUUCAUGCUUGCGAACAUGAUUGCAUCUGAAUGUGCUUGUCAAACUGUAGAAAUUAUGUGAAACACGGAAUGGCAGGUUUAUGUGAAACUGUGGAUUAUAUUUACAGGCUAAUUACACUUUCUCCAACGAACUAUCAGUUGGUGAAAAUGGAAUGUGUUGGCAAAGGCUCUACCAUUUCAGGAUAUUAUGUGUGUCGGUAAAAGUCUGUGUUGGCAAAAGCUAGUCAAAGCGCCUACACAACAUGUGUUGGCAAAGGUUUUAUCUGUUGGCAAAGGCUUCGCCGACUGCUGCAACGCCGACUAUGCCAUUAUCUGUCGGCAAAGCCUUUCCCAACACAUGCUCUAUUGUUAAUUCUGCGUUUCCCCUACAUAAUGGCGUGUUGGCAAAAGUGGGUCAUGGUGUAGUGUUAAUUAUUGCAUAUUUUACAAAUUUAAAAGAAACGUAUCUGUAGGUAGUAAUGGUGAUUAAUUAAAUUAUUAUUUUAUAGUUCAGAUAUCACAAAUGUCAGCAUUUCAACAUUUCCAGUCCAACUACAAUGACCAUAGUCCAUAGAGGGCAUUUGUAAGGCUAUAAAUACAUAGCCAGUAUGCUCAGCCUUCAUAUCAUAGCAAGCACAAUCAGAUAUUGAAACAGUGUGCCAUGGCCACCAUACAAAUUGUCCAUAUGAAUCCAGGGCAAGGCGAAACAAGCUAUGCUCGCAACUCUACAAUUCAGGUAUAUGUGUACUUCUUUGCAAUAUACUUCGUUUGAUUUGCUGGUCAUAUGAGUGUUGACUGAUUUCUGAGUUACACAUGCCUUUGAGGAGGACAUCAUAAUUGAAUUGUACUUGUACUUCUGAUCUUCAUGAAAUGAUCAAGAAAACUGCCCAAGAUAGGAUGAAGCCUCUCAUAGAGGAAGCCGUCACAGCCUUCUGCGGAGUAUCUGUUCCCAAGAGCAUGGCAAUUGCGGACUUGGGCUGCUCAUCUGGCCCGAACGCACUCACGCUCAUUUCAUCUACGGUCGAUGCCAUCCACCGUUAUUGUAUGGAAUGCGCGCAGCCACCACCAGAAAUGUGCCUUUUCCUCAACGAUCUUCCAUCCAAUGACUUCAACUCCGUUGCGAAGAGUCUGGCCGAAUUCAAGCACAGCCAGGAUGUGUCCUCUCAUCACGUCGUCGUCGCCAACAUGGUACCUGGGUCAUUCUAUGAGAGGCUUUUCACUUCUGACUCAGUGCAUUUCUUCUGCUCCUCCAUCAGCUUGCAAUGGUUAUCAAAGGCACCUGAAGAACUUGCCAAGAGAAAAAUCCCAAUGUAUGAUAGCGACGAGCGCUUGAGGCUGUUGAACCAUGAAAUUGUUGCCGACGCUUAUGCUCGACAGUUUAGAAAGGAUUUCACGCUAUUCUUGUCCUUGAGGGCUCGAGAACUGGUUCUCGGAGGUCGGUUGAUUUUCUCGCUGAUCGGUAGAUGUUCAAGCAACCCGGCCUCCGUGUCUACUCAAGUAUGGAAAGUGGUAUCUGUAGCCUUGAAUGACAUGGCAUCGAGGGGUGUGAUUAGCAAAGAGAAGUUCGACACAUUCCACAUACCUAUCUAUGCACCUAUGGAAAAUGAAUUAAAUGGGAUAAUUGAAGAUGAGGGCUCAUUUCAAAUCAACAAGGCGAUGGCCCACGAUACUUUCCUUGCCACAGAUGGAGUGUUGGCGAGUCCAAACACAAUAGCUGCAAUGGUAAGAGCGGUGUUCGAGCCAGCAAUAGUGCAGCAUUUUGGGUUCUCGGCGGGAAUUAUGGAUGACUUUGCUAGUGUAGUGGAGCGACUCUCGACUACGAGUGCCGUUGAAGCUGAAUUCCCAUUAGCUUGCUUAUGUUUUUCGCUCACCAGAGCACGUUGAUUGUUGAUACUGUAUUGAGUUUAUCAUAACACAUUUGGAUCGAUAUGUUCUAGUCUCUA